UUGGGGGCGUGGCCAAGGAGGGGGUUCCCCGUUGGGAGGGGGAGGGGCGGCGCACGGCAAAGGAAAAUGGCGGACGGAGCUGAUGACCUUCAGAGGCUGGCAGCAGUGGAGACCCCAUUUGGGGUGGUCGGAGUCGUGGCUGUAGGAUCCCAACGUGUGGGGAGACCAGCACUGCUCUGCUUCCCCGAUGUGGGGCACACCGCCGAAACGUGUUUCGGGGCUUUAUUCGCACACGAAGAAAUGGCGGACAUCGCCCGGAACUUCCUGCGACUGAACAUAGAGCCGCCGGGGAUGCAGCCUAGAGCGCCGCCAUUUCCGGCCGGGUAUCAAUACCCGUCACUGGAGCAACUGGCCGAGACCAUCCCCUACAUCCUACAGCACUUCAGCCUGAAGAGCAUCAUUGGGAUGGGAGUCGGGGCUGGAGCCUUCGUCCUGGCCAAGUAUGGGUUGUCCGGCCUGACCUCGUCCACCACGGAGCUGAUCAUGGGGCACCUCUUCACUCAGGAAGAAGUGGCGGCUGCUGCCCCCCCAGUACAAGAAGUGAGAGAGAACAUGGAGAACUGCCCCAAUGUGGGGCUGUACUGGGCCAUGUACAACAGCCGCGGUGACCUGGGCCUGGAGCGCAAUGGAGCCAAGACAUUGAGGUGCCCCGUCCUAUUGGUCGUCGGCGACAACUCCCCCCACGAGGACGCUGUGGUGAGUGGGCGGGGCUUAAUGCCCAUAUAUGGUCAUGUGGGCGUGGCCUAUGCCAUAUAAGGUCACGUGGGCGUG